GGCGAGGCGCGGACCAGAGAGGCAGGCACAUCCGGCCGGUGGCGGUGGCGGCGGCUCGGGGUUCACAGGUUCCUGAAGCACUGUGCCUGUGAGACACCGUUGUGGACCCUGGAGAGAAGCACAGACACCCACAGCCCAUUGCAGUAAAUCGUCGAUUAGCCUGAAACCUGGCCUGUGUCUGAAGGAAGCUGAUGCCACAGUACACACAGAGGAGGCCAACGUUCCAGCCAUAUGGAGCAGUCCAGGGCAGGCUGACAUUGGUCACCUCCCCUGCAAAGAGAAGACUAGCAACUGACUAUGUUGCUAGGAGUCAAGGCCUGAGUGUGCUGAAGCCUGGAAGACUCUGGAAGGCUGAGGCUGGUGUUGCAGGUGGGAGGAGCCGAGGAGGGACUGGGGCUUGUGCCCAGGAUUAGCAGAGUAGGGCAGGCAGAGUGGGAGUGAGAGACUGAGGCACGGGAGGGGAGCAGAAGGAGAGGGAAGGGGCCUGCAAACCCUAGGACCAGUCACCCCUCCCCAUGGCCUCCAAGCAGGCUGCCGGGAAGAGCAGAGGGGAGAAGCGGAAGAGGGUGGUUCUGACCCUGAAGGAGAAGAUCGACAUCUGCACACGCCUGGAGCGGGGGGAGAGCCGGAAGGCGCUGAUGCAGGAGUACAACGUGGGCAUGUCCACCUUGUAUGAUAUCAAGGCCCACAAGGCCCAGCUGCUCAGGUUCUUCGCCAACUCGGACUCCAACAAGGCACUAGAGCAGCGGCGCACCCUGCACACACCCAAGCUUGAGCACCUGGAUCGCGUGCUGUAUGAGUGGUUCCUGGGGAAGCGCUCUGAGGGUGUUCCUGUGUCCGGCCCCAUGCUCAUCGAAAAGGCCAAGGACUUCUACGAGCAGAUGCAGCUCACUGAACCCUGUGUGUUCUCCGGAGGGUGGCUUUGGCGUUUCAAGGCCAGACAUGGCAUUAAAAAGCUAGAUGCAUCCAGCGAGAAGCAGGUGGUUGACCACCAGGCAGCCGAGCAGUUCUGUGGGUUUUUCAGGAGCUUAACUGCUGAGCAUGGUCUGUCCCCUGAGCAGGUUUACAGUGCUGAUGAGACCGGCCUGUUCUGGCGGUGCCUACCAAACUCCACCCCAGAAGGUGAGGCUGUACCUGGCCUCAAAAACAGCAAGGACAGGCUAACCGUCCUGAUGUGUGCCAAUGCCACGGGCUCCCAUAGAAUCAAGCCCUUGGCCAUCGGGAAGUGUAGUGGCCCCAGGGCUUUCAAAGGCAUACAGCACCUGCCUGUUGCCUAUAAGGCCCAAGGGAAUGCCUGGGUGGACAAGGAGAUUUUUUCUGAUUGGUUCCAUCAUAUCUUUGUUCCCUCGGUGAGAGAGCACUUCAGAACCAUAGGUUUGCCUGAAGACAGCAAGGCCAUUCUCUUGCUGGACAACUCCCGGGCUCACCCGCAGGAGUCUGAGUUGGUUUCCAAUAACAUUUUCACCAUCUUCCUGCCAGCCAGCGUUGCCUCAUUAAUUCAACCCAUGGAGCAGGGCAUUCGAAGGGACUUCAUGAGGAAUUUCAUCAACCCUCCCGUCACCCUACAAGGCUUCCACACUCGCUACAGCAUGAAUGACGCCAUAUUCAAUGUGGCCUGUGCCUGGAACGCGGUGCCCAGUGAAGUCUUCAGACGGGCCUGGAGGAAGCUAUGGCCUGCGGUCACAUUUGCUGAAGGCUCUUCAGAGGAGGAAGAGGAGGAGGAGGAAGAGACAGACCACUUCAGAGCUAAGCCUCACAAUAAGACUUUUGCUCACAUCCUGAAGCUCGUGAAAGAGAGUCCCUCUUGCCCAAGCAACAGACUUCAUAAAAGCGAGGCCAAAGAGUGGGGUGCAGUGGAAGGGGAGGUGGAGGAGGUGCGGUCCCCCACUGCCGUGUCGCCAGCAGGGGCUGUUUGGAAUCCAGAAAAGGCACCAAAAGCCGGCCAAGACAGUGCAGGAGACUUUGGUGAGGGUGAGGAGGCGGCCUGGGAGCAGGCGGCCAUGUCCUUCGACGCGGUCAUCCGCUUUGCAGAGGGCCAGCCUUGCUUCUCCAUGCAGGAGGUGGGGCAGCUGCGCACACUGCGCUCAGUGUUUAGGAGGCAGCGGCAGAUGCGGCGGAGGCGUGUGGCUCUCAGGGCCGUGGUCAAAAUUGAAGCCCUCCAAGAGUGCCCUAGUGGUCACAUGGCCUCAGCUUGUUCUCCUUUGCCCUGUUCAUCCACAGCAGAUGACUGAUGGCUGUCAUUGGUUCCUGCCCCUGGCCGCCAGUGCCUGUGGCUCUGUGCUCCCCAACAGUGUGGUCAUGUGGCCCAGACUGUCUGCCUGAGAUGGGAGAGUGCUCUGGGACAGAGGCAUGAGUACCUGCGAGUACGGAGUGUCACUUAUCAGAGUGACCCGUUCCCUGUGUGUCCCUGGGAAUCAAGGUUUGACUUUAUCACCUGUCCCAUCAUCUGAAUGUGAGGAAAUAUUCCAGAAGGGUUCUGCCUAACCUAAAACAGACCAGAGCCCCACCCUAGCUGGACAUGGGGCCAGGCUGGGCUGAUUCUUGUCUUGGGUUGGCUGGCUGAGCCUUGCUGUAUCACAGAGUAGAGAUACCUGUCUGUCCAAGUGGAGAAAAGCUGCCCUCCAGUUCGACGGGUGGCAGUACCUACCAACACCAGACAGGCUGCCAUAUGUCCCAAGUUCCAGGGUCCACCUCUCCUGUCCCUCAGAAGGCCCGGUCUGCAGGGCUGAUGGCUGUCCCUGUGUUGGCUGGACCCCCAGCACAGUGCCUGAGGGCAGAUAGCCAAGGGCUGGGACUCAGAUCAUGGCUGUGUCAGCAAGCCUCGCUCGCAGCUGUAUAGGCAGCAUGUCAUCCCCUGUGUCUCUACUUCAGUCAUAGCCUCACUCAGCAACAUGACUCUGAGUCGUUCCCUUGUUGCUAGCACAUCAUAUCCCCGGGGCUCUGACCACAAGGUGUGGGUGGCCCCCCAUGUUGAACUGACUUGGCGGAGUUCUUUUCCGUAAAGAAAGUAGGAAUGUUUGGUCAGGCCCUGCUCAGUGCCCAGAUAGAGGAGCACGGGGCACUGGAUUGUGUUUUUAGUGCUUUGGCUUAGAGUCCAAAGUACCGAGUUCCCCAGAGUUUCUCACGGCCUUUACAUAAAUAAAUCUUGAUCAGGCAUUCAGAAACUAGUCUUAGGUUUGCACAUAAGUCACUGAAGACAGUAAAAGAGGCUACUUAGAUUUCCAGCAAUAUUUGUGCUUUUAUUCUCAGCCGAGACCACGUCAGUAAUACUUUUGGGAAGGGUUGUCAGGACUGGGUGGUUUCAUAGAGGCCGGUGGUAGGAGGACGUGAUUAUCUGCUCCUUGUCUCUAGCAGAUUUGUAGCUUCUCCAUUUCCACAGCAUCACUUGCUGCCUGAAGCUGCGACUCCAGAAGGCUUUUGUCCACGGUGAUUAGCCUCCUCUUUCAAUGUACAUGAAAUAGGUUUAUUUUUCUACAUUCUUUACACUGCUUUGUCCUUGAAUUUCAUUCCCUUCUUGAAUUUACGUCCUGGCAGCUGAAUUGGCACAUAGUUUUCAUUCUAGCUAUUUCUUCCACCAGGAGACCCUUGUUCCUGAGGGAAAGCAAUUUCUCCUAUUUUUACAUCUCUCCAAACACAGAGGCGAUAGUCAUUGCUGACUGCCCUAUAUCAUGGAUGUGUGUUUCUUGCUUUAAACGCAUGUAUGAAAAUUGUACAGGUUUGGUUUUUACAGGUUUCAUUAUUGAUUAUUUGGACUGUGUUGCUCACAUUGCUCCCGUCACUUGUCUGGGAUAUCAUUUUGGAAUCGUGUACUUUGUCCCAUUUUCUCAGCUCCUCUGCAUGGCUGAGCCUGACAGCUGAGACUGGUAUUGCAGCUGCUUGAGUUGUCACAGGUUAGAUGCCAACAGCCAGGGAGGGCUUCAGCAGCAAUAGGAUGUGCUGGGUGGGUGGAGCUGGUAGAGCUGGGGGAGGGAGCGGGGUGGGGCAGGCAUAGUUCCUGGCUGGCUCUCCUGGGUUCCCCAGGGAUGGUCAGCCCAUAAGACUGUAACUCCUCAGGACCAGGACUCUUCUCUUACCCCUCACUGCCAUGACCUGCUCCUGUCCUGGCCCUUUUGGGGCGAUCAGUCACUUGCGUGGCUGGGGUGAUGUCUGUCCUUAGGGUGCUCCUCCUUCCAGAGCCAGCUGCAGCGAGGCCUGCUGGAGCCCGACCCUGAGCACAGCUCUCUGUGACUGGGAUCCCUUCUGUGUCUCUGAGGAGGGUUCUCAUGAUGACCAGGACUCAGGCCCUGCUCUUCCUGCAGCUCCCUGCUCUCCCGUGCUUGUGAGGUCUCUCCCUCAGUGUGAUGUUUAGCGGGUGUGUGUUCUGCAGGGCCCAGAGCUUGCUUGUCUCUGAGUUGCUGGGCCCAGCUGCCAGGUGAGUGCCUCCUGCCUUCCAGGGCUCUGCAGAGACAGGCUGUGUCCUCUGGAUAUACCUUGUUCUUUCCUUCCUGACUAGUAUCUCAGAAGCUUAAGUUGUCAAAUGUUUUAGUUUCAGAAUUGUUUUUUCCUAUACAGUGUCAGGUGGACCUCACUGUGCCAGGUGCAGGGAUGGUGGUACACAGGACCACAACGUCUCUUUGCUUCGCUUCCAGUGGCUACUGAGGACCCUCAGAAAGCCCCGGGCUCUCCAGAGCACAGUGUGAGAAUCAAAUCUAGUCCAACCUGAAUGCCUUCUCCCUUCUCACCUGUGAGCACCAGGCCGAGUGCCCUCCCUGUCUUCUCACAGUGGCCUCAAAGGCAGUAGCCUCAGGUCCCCACUCUCAGGUGGGAACUGGCAGAUACUGAGCACUCUCGUUUGAUACUUUAGUGGCUUUUCCCAUCCCACCAGGAAAGCCACUUUUGACCACUGUGCUCACCUCAAGUGGUACCUCUGAUUGCUCAGGACUAAGGGUGUGCACCUGUAUCCUAUCCCUGUGGCAGGACCCUUGGCCACCAUCCAUCCCUGGGUGUUGGUACCGCCACACCCUGCCUUCCUCACCAGCAGGUGUCACCAGUGCACUUGUCACGCACCCACAGUUGUCACUAUUUAGGACUCUGCGGGUCACUUCCUGGGAGGUCUGUUUGCCAAUCUCUAUCUUCCUGUCUCUUGAUGUUCAAGAUGAGUUAGAGGACCCACAGCUUCCUUAGCAGUGCCAGAGCAGGACUCAGCCUCUCUGCUCUUCCUGAUAAGUAUGAGGAGUCUGACAUCCCCAGUGCUGGACACCUUGUAGGUGUCAGUCACUACCUGUUGAAUGAAUGAGUUGGGCAUCAUAUCCUGGGUGAUGCCUGCAGCACUGGAAUCUAGGGAAAGGAGAUGAACAGAAUCUGGUGGGAAAGUUGGAACAUUGCGCAGUUGCAGCUUCCCUGGUUUGGGAUAGGCAGCCUCUGUCCUGGGCAGCUCCCCAUCCCUAGGGGUGGCCAAGCAGAGGCUGUACUCAGAGGGCAGUGUAGAUGGAAUUCAGGUGUCUGUUUGGAGAUGGAAUAAGUAGGUAGUCUUUAAGCCCCUUCUAUGUUGGAGUUGGUGCCCAGAGCACCUGCUUCCCAGUAUUAGGGUGUGCACUGCCUAUGCCAACCUAGCUCUCUGUGGGUGCCCCAGGGACUGUCCUGGAAGUCAUCUGUCUCAAGCACAUGAAGGUGUAGAACAGACCCUGCCCCUCAGCAGUAGUUCCUGUUGGGUGGUGGGGGGGGGGCAGAAAACUUGUGCCUUGGGCCCAUAUGUGUGUUAUUUCCACAUAAGCCUCAUUCACAGUUAGCCACUGCAGAGCAGAUGGGAAGAAGACAGCUCUGGUCACCCCUGCGGCCAGCAGGCUGCAGCACUUGUCUGGUGAAUGGAGGGAGGGUAGGCGUGUUCAUAGACUCAUAAGUGGAUGAGGUGAUGGAAGAAAAAAGGGUGGAAGGAAGUUGCAGCCCCUGCUCACGAUCUCUUCUACUUAGUCUUCCAAGGCUAGGAGGCCAGAGCCAAGGGGGCAGGGGCAGGAUUUGAGGCAGGGAUGUGCAAAAGGUGCACACUGCUUCCUUUCCUGGGAGGCUGUGGCAUGGGGCAGCAAACUUUGGGACAAACUGAGGCCCACCCACACUGCAUCUGAGAGGUCC